AUGCAGGUCAAAUAUGAAUUUACUAGUGUCGAUAGCUCAGUUCGCUUUCAAGGCGACGUGCGGGGCAAGGCUUUUCUCGAUUAUUAUGAUGUUGACGUCGUCUGGUCUGAUACCAACAACCGCACCGACCGUUUCGGGAAUAUCAGGGGCAUGGGACUUGUUCAACGAGUCAAACUCUGGCGUGACAACUACUCAAAUCUUCACUCCAUAACAGUCUUCGCAAACCGAUCCUCAAGGCGCUAUCAUGAGUACGAUGUACAUUGGUUCGAGGCUGAGCCUAAAUCAAAGGAUGAUCGUGCUAAGCAGUUAAGACUGACGGUCAGAGGCCGCCGUGGAAGUACCUCUGACCUUGGAAGGCGGUUUUCGUUCAAUCGCAUACGGCCGCGCCAGAGGUCUGUACCUGGAUCUGGGCCUGUCGAAUCUCCACCCACUGCUGCUGUCAGCUUGGAGAUCAAGUAUCUUGGACUACAGUUUAGUCACCGAGACGAUUCUUCCUUUACCAUCCGAGCUCAGUGGUAG